GAGCUGCCGGCACCACGGCCGGGCCGCCGCCAGCGCUGCUCGGCUCAUGCGGGCACGGUCUGCGCCAGGGAGCGCUCCGGCCGCUGGGGGCUCGCCGGGAACGAUGGAAUUUGAACUCUGGGAACCGAGCACAAAGUGAAAAAACAGCGGCUGGGCAGACAGCGCUGAGAUGGAUGAUGAGAGAACAGAUCAGAAUACCAGCAAGCUGCACGGAGCUGGAGGCCAGGCGUGUGUAGCAGCGCCGGGUGCCCCGCGGAUGAGGGACUUUGUUUCAGACUGGUCUCCUUUACAUGAUGCUGCUAUCCAUGGGCGUCUGCUUUCCCUGAAGAAGCUCAUUGAACAGGGGAAUGAUGUCAAUCUUGUAACAGCAGACCAGGUGUCUCCUCUCCAUGAAGCCUGCCUAGGGGGUCAUGCUGCCUGUGCCAGUGUCCUGCUAAAACAUGGUGCUCAGGUGAAUGGAGUGACUGUUGACUGGCACACACCCCUGUUCAACUCCUGUGUCAGUGGCAGUGUGGCUUGCUUGAAUUUACUGCUGGAGCAUGGAGCCAGCCUGCAACCACCCUGUGACCUGGCAUCUCCCAUCCACGAAGCUGCUAAGAGAGGUCAUGUGCAAUGUGUCGAACUCCUUGCGUCCCGUGGGGUGAAUAUAGAUCACAACAUCAAGCACCUGGGUACUCCACUCUAUGUAGCAUGUGAGAGCCAGCAAGUGAGCUGUGCCAAGAAGCUGCUUGAGUCAGGAGCAAACGUGAACAGCGGCAAGGGCCUGGACUCCCCUCUGCACACGGCUGCCAGGAGUUGCAGCGUGGAGCUGGUGAAGCUGCUGGUGGACUUUGGAGCAGACCUGUGGCUGAAGAAUGCUGAAAACAAGAGGCCAGUGGAGCUGGUCCCACCUGGCUGCCCUCUGGGCCAGCUGUUCCUGCAGAGAGAAGGGCCACUGUCCUUGAUGCAGCUGUGCCGCCUGUGCAUCAGGAGGUGCUUUGGACACCAGCAGCAUCAAAAAAUAACUGGACUUCUCCUCCCAGAUGAGCUGAAACAUUUCCUUCUCCACAUUUGA